GCAGCGUGUUGAGAACAAGGCGUGCUUUCCGCUGCGAAAUAAAAAGUGAGAGAGAGAGAGAGAAUUCACGGCGAUUUGGCCGAAGAAGCAAGAGUCUGAAGGCAUCUGGCAUUUGAAUUUGUUUCAUACGGCGGAGAAGUUUGUGGUUACUCGCUUACUGUUUCAUCGAUACAUUCGUCGCUAAAACACGCACAGAAUCUCUGAGAUUUUUCUUUCCCUUUAAAGGACAACAAGAGUUGCUUCCCUCUGUCUCGACGAAAUCAGAGCGAUGGAGUGGACUGCUUGCCUCGGCGAAUAUGAGAAGCUUGUCUUCCGGAUGAACACUCCCAGGGUCGUGAUCGACAAUGCCGUCUGCUCCACUGCGACUUUAGUCAAGGUUGACAGUGCGAGAAGGCAUGGAAUUCUUCUGGAGGCUGUUCAGGUCCUCACGGAUCUUAACCUCUCCAUUAAAAAAGCUUACAUUUCUUCUGAUGGUCGCUGGUUCAUGGAUGUUUUUCAUGUAACUGAUCAGAACGGGAAUAAAUUAACAGACGAGAGCGUUAUUAACUAUAUUGAGCAGUCACUUGGGACAAUUCAUUUUGGUUCAUCCAACUGUAGUAACGGUCUUACGGCCCUUGAGCUCACCGGGACAGACCGAGUAGGCCUUCUUUCCGAGGUGUUUGCGGUGCUAGCUGACCUGCAAUGCAAUGUGGUUGAGUCCAAGGUGUGGACGCACAAUGGCCGAAUUGCUUCAUUGAUUUAUGUUAAGGAUUGUGAUUCUGGUUGCCCGAUUGAGGACUCACAGAAAAUUGAUAGGAUUGAAGCGCGGUUAAGGAAUGUCCUUAAAGGGGACAAUGAUAUUCGAAGUGCGAAAACCUCUGUUUCAAUGGCAGUUACACACACCGAAAGAAGACUGCAUCAAAUGAUGUUUGUAGAUCGCGAUUAUGACAGAAAGCCCGUUUUACAGCAUUGCACCAAUUCUCCGGUCAUAUCGGUGCAGAAUUGGGCUGAAAGGGGUUAUUCCAUAGUGAAUAUUCAGUGCAAAGAUAGGGCAAAGCUUUUGUUCGAUGUUGUUUGCACGUUGACAGACAUGGACUACGUGGUUUUUCAUGCCACUAUUAAUACAUCAGGGGACAGAGGAUACAUGGAAUUUUACAUUAGGCACACUGAUGGAACCCCAAUUAGCUCUGAACCCGAACAACAGCGUGUAAUCCAAUGCUUACAAGCCGCAGUUCAAAGAAGAGCAUCUGAGGGUGUGAGGCUAGAACUAUGCACCGAGGAUAGACAAGGUCUUCUAGCUUAUGUUACAAGGACAUUCCGCGAGAACGGUCUAAACGUGACAAGGGCUGAGAUAUCCACGACAACGGACAAGGCGCUAAACGUAUUCUACGUGACGGAUGCAAUGGGAAACCUUGCAGAUGCGAAAACCAUAGAAUCAGUGAGACAGAAAAUCGGGUUGAGUAACUUGAAAGUGAAGGAACUUCCAUUGAUUUACCAUCAAAAGAGGGAAAGGGAGGAGCAGCAAGGAGUUGGUGGGGCAGUUUUGUUAUCACUUGGGAGCCUAGUGAGAAGGAAUCUGUACAAUUUGGGGCUCAUCAGAUCUCAUUCUUGAGGAGGAAGUUUCCAAUUUGGUGGGUAGAAGUUUUUAUCAUGUUACUCUUUGCUUAAGGCUUGAGGAGGAAGUUUCCAAUUUGGUGGGUAGAAGUUUUUAUCAUGUUACUCUUUGCUUAGGGUUUGGGCAUUGUACACAGAGAGAGAGAGAGAGAGAGAGAGAGAGAGAGGAGUUUGGCGACAGUAGUUGGACAUUGUAGGUGGGCUUGGUUUUUUUGUAGUCGGCAGAAUUGAAAGGCCGGAGGGGUGGGGCCCACCAUUUUAAAAUGCAUUUGUUUGAAUUUUGGAGAGGGAAAAACAAAUGAGAAAGUAAAAAGAAAAGGCAGUGAUAGUGAAUUCGUGUUGUGGAAGUGAUGUUUUAGAGGAGACAGGGACUUAGAGAGAUUAGGUAAAAAAGAAAAUUAGAGUUUGGGGAAUAUACAGCAAAACAAGGCACCAAACAUUUGUACAGAAGACUGUUUCUAAAGUAUUUAGCUUUUUAAUGGUUGACUUGAUUUUUUGAAUGAAACAUUACUUUAUCUUUA